GACCUUUAUUCUUACAACAUGGGGCAGGAAGGUGCAAAUGUCGUCACGGUCAUUGUGAAGCCUAAAAACAUCGACCUCCAAGGUGCUGCAGAUUUUCUUGGAGGUUACUGCAGAGCAUUGUUAGAUCAGUUCGAGAGUCGUAGAAACGCAUCCAGAAGAAGGCUAUUCCUAUGCUGCUCGCCCUCUCGAAGUUUUCGGUAA